ACCUUCUGCCAACAAAUGGAUAGAGGUUUCGGUCCAGCAGUUCUUGUGCUGCACACGCAACAUAACUGUGCGCUGACGCGCCGUUCAGUUACGAUGAAACCGUCCAAAAUGAUCGGCGGCGAUUAUUCUCUGGAGCUGAACAACAUAUUCCACACGGGCCAAGUGGAACCCGCCUCAUGUUUCCAAAGGCUGUUCGGGUCCGUGCAGACGGGGCUCAUACUCAAGGAUAUCACGUUGGAAGUUCGAGCUGGCGAAGUGAUGGCCAUACUGGGAUCAAAAGGAAGUGGUAAGCGAGCACUUUUAGAAGUCAUUGCCAGACGAAGCAAGGGACUGUCUCGCGGUCAAAUCCUCUUGGACGGGAGGCCUCUUACACAAGCUAUGUUUAACCAGUGUUGUGCGUAUGUUGGCCACCGAGCUGAUCUUGUCCCAUCGUUGUCUGUACAGCAAACACUACACUAUGCAGCUAAUUUAUCUAUCGGCUCUCAGGUCAGUGGCUACGUUAAAGACUCCAGGGUCAGGCAAGUGUUAGCAGACUUGGCCCUGAGUCAAGUGGCCAGGCACAGUGUAGAGGCAUUAACCGAAGGCGAGUACAGGCGGCUAGUGAUCGGGACGCAGUUAGUCAAAGAUCCAGUGUUGUUGUUGUUGGACGAGCCGACCGCUGGGUUGGACCCGUUAACUACGUACUUAGUCGUGUCAAUGGUCAGCAGCCACGCAAAGCGCAGAGGGCGGGCUGUAAUACUCACUAUGGAAAAACCAAGAUCGGAUGUUUUUCCGUUCCUCGAACGCGUUGCUUACUUGUGUUUGGGUGACUUGGUUUACGCGGGACCGACUAGAAUGAUGUUGGACUAUUUCCGAUCGGUUGGCUUUCCGUGUCCAGAAAUGGAAAAUCCGCUUAUGUACUAUCUGUGUUUGUCAACGGUGGAUCGGCGAUCACGCGAGAGGUUCGUCGAGUCGAAUGCACAAAUCGUGGCGCUGGUGGAGAAGUUUAAAAUGGAAGGGGCGCCCUACAGGAAGUCGUCUGCAAUGUCUGUGCUCCUCGGGUCACCGCCCAGUGACCACCAACCCAACUCACAUCCGUAUCCAUAUUCGGCACAAGGGUCUUCGACCACACAAAUCGGAAUGACGUUGUACCAACGCCAGUUCGCGUCUACUUUCGGAUGUUCCUGGCAAGCUCUGUUCUACUUGUCAGCACGACUCGUCGCCAUGCCCAUCGCAUUCCUGUUGAUUUGGAUGUUUUUCCACGACAUUAAGGACUACCAGACGACGUUCAUGUCCCGCAGCGGUCUCCUGUUGACGUGCAUAACGACGACGUAUUUGACUUCAAUAUUCACUACGGCGUACACGUUUGCUCCUCACAGGACACGAUACUAUCAGGAAAAUCAAGAUGGCACGUACAACGGACCACUUUUCCUCGUCAGUUAUUUCACUUUCUCGUUGCCGCUCGCUUUUCUCACCGUCUCUGGAUCGUCGGCCAUACUGUACCACCUGAUGAAGUUUGACGACUGGACGGAAUUGAGUCUUUUUGCGGCCGUGCUGUUGAGCUGCUACCUGUUCGCCGAACAGCUGGUCGUCGCCGUGAUGGCCAUAUCCAGGAACCCUUACAACACCAGUGUGUUCUGUAUUUACAUCGUCAGUGUCAUGAUCGUGCUGGGCAGCGGGAUGCUGAGAUCUUACCGGGGCAUGUCGGAAUGGCUGUCGUGGGUGACUUACGUCACGCAGACCAGGUACGCCGGGGCCUAUCUGACGGCCCAGGCUUUUGACGGCCGACAGCAGUACACCGGGUUGUGGCAAAACGCGGCCCAGAACUGCUCCGAACCCGCGGCCGAGCCGUUCGAGUGCCGGUACCCGGACGGAGCUUCUUAUGUCAACGAGCGGUACCCGGCCGCGGUGGCCGACCCGCAGAUCAACCUGGUCGCCAGCUUCGUGUUCCCGGUCGCUGCCGCCGUGUUCAACGUCCUGCUGUACGUUGCUCCGCUGCCGUCCUACAUCAAGGCCAAGUUCAGAGAGUGAUCGAUGCUCUCCUCAACCCCCUCCUCACUCCUAACCACCACCGUAUGGGUCGACUUCGGUGAGGUUUACACCUGGAGAGUGGCAGAGACGUCGUGCCGGAGGACAGUUCCCUGUCAAAGCAUUUCAAAUGCUGUUUUUCUACCCAAUCAUAAUAUUAUAAUAUAUACACUAAUAUGGAUGGAGUACCCAUAGCGCUGAAGAGGAUCAAUUAUGAAGUACUGUUGGGGUCUGAAAUAAUAUAUUAUACGUGGUUGUUAACGUCAACUCCACUCACAUUGAACAACGACAUAAAUGAGACAAUUCAUAGAGAAGUGUACGAUAUAAUUCCAAGCAUUAAGAUGAAGAAGAAUAAUGCAAUCUUUUGUUUCAAUUUUAUCGCCAGAUUUUUGUGCAAAUUUUAUCAUUUGAGACUUGCAUACUUGGAUCACAUUUAUUAUUGUUAAAUACCUAAUUAAAUUAAUACAAUUUUGUAAAUAUUUAUAAAUAUAUAUUUUUUAAUACAUAUAGGUUAGGUACAUGUAAAUAUAUAUAUUAAUAACUUUUUAAGGAAACAAAACAAUACAUUUUUUGUGAACACCUGCUAUUUCAUAUUUCUACCAAUAAAUUAUUCUUGUGAUCGUUGACUAGAAGAAUCAUACACCGUUUGUUUACGUUGUCUAAUUAUAGUCGCAGUCGGUUUCAAUUCUGCUGUGAC